UAUGCAAAAGAGGUUAUAUAAAUCGAAACAUAUAGAAAAAUGAAAUUAUUGCACGUGAAUUCAGGAUAGAAAGCUCUUUCAAUUCCAUGUCCCACACCCUAGAAGAUCCAGUAAUUUCACAUCACUUUGAUUGAUUGUGAUUAAUAAAGAACCGGAUGAAACUACUCUUUAAGGAGGUCCGUUAGAAAUUAGAAAGAAGAGGAAAUUUCCCAUACUGUAUAGUUACAUCACUGACAAUCAAGGCUUAUAAAUAGCAGUCUAAUUCUUGGAAAUAGCCGUUAGAAAAAAAAACAGGUUGAAUCGCAAGAACCGAGAUCUUAACGAGAUUUGGUGGUGAAGACAAAGAAACCGUUUUCUUGGGAAAAUAUGGGUAAAGGACUGUUGUGUCACAUAUUUUCGAUCUACAAGCAAUACUUUGGGUAUGAGAAUGGGAAUCUGUUACAAGUCAAUUCAAACAGUAAGCUUUUCUUCGAUGGAACUGACAAUUUACCAAGUACAUACUUCAUCAAAACCAAUUCAGGCACAACUUCUACAUUUCACGUGAUUCAAGAUGGCACCAGCUAUUACGUCAAUGAGACGCAUGACAGUAUAUCCCUCAAGCCUGAUAGUCCAGGAACUACAUUUAAAGUCAAAAGCAUUGCAAGAUGCAAUCCCUUCGUUUCAAUUCAAUCCACCAAAUCUAACCGAUACAUGACCACUGAUGAAGAUGGGCGUCUCCAGAUGCAGAAUAUUGAAGAUGCAAGUAAAAACCUGAAGGCGUGGUUCAGAAUAGGAAGAAUAGAUACUACAGAUGAGGUGGAUGGACAGCCAAGCCAUGGAUUAAUCCAUCUCAUACCGGUGAGUGACCAUAACAACAAUGGCUCCCACUGCUUUGCCGCUAUGAAAAGGAGCAAGACAUUUGAUGAAAUGGAUACUGCUAUAGAGGAGCUGAAAAAUAAGAAGCGUAUGUUUGUAAGAGAGUUUUAUUUGCCUUCUUGGAACGCCGUUUCUUUAGUAAACCUCUACGAUUAUAUGUACAAUCUGCUUAAUAAUUAUUUAUCUAGAAGCAGGUAAAAAACGUACGAUUGUAAUAUGUUACACCAAUAUUUACGUACGUACUCAGUGGCGGAUCUAGGGGUGGGUUUUGGGGGUU